UUGGGAACAGCAUUUGAAUGGACCCAAAUGGGGAUGAUGAUCUAGAUUUGAUAAGCAAAUUUCCUGAUGAAAUUCUUCACAAAAUUGCAUCUUUUUUGCCUCUUGAAUCAGUUCUUCAAACCAGCUCCAUUUCCACGAGGUGGCAUAAGCUCUGGAAGCAGGUUCUGGUGCAAAAUGGAGCUCUUGAAGAAUUUGCAGGUGCAGCUUCAAGAUUUCUUGUCCAUUUCAAUGAGUUCAAUCCAUUGAAGCAUCCCAGAAGGCUUCAAUAUCAGUUUGGCAGUGGCAGAGCCGUCUUGGUCUCUGUUGUGGCAAAUGAUAAACUUCACUUAGAUUUCUCUUCUGGGAAACAGGAUUGUUUUCCAAGCCAAUUUGGCUGGAAAUUGAGUCUGAAUAAUGGCCACCAUCCUUCUCCUUCAACUUUCUUUCUCAGAACUCUGUGUCUCAAAUCAGUAACCCGUCUUACGACCGAGGUGGUUUCGUCCCUCGUCGAGAGAAUUCCUUCUCUUGAGAGCUUGAAACUCAUUGAGUGCAAUGGACUGCAAUCGUUCUCCAUCACUUCUGGUUCAAAGCUUCAAAGCUUGGCCAUCUYGGACUGUCUGCAGUUGGAGUUUCUUCACCUCGGAUGCUCGAAACUCCGGUCGUUUCGAUAUCGAGGGCGGUUUCCUCGUGUUAAGCUCAAGUACCAUUUUAACAUGGAAGAUGUUAUGCUUGAUUGCAGACAAGGUCCUGGAUACAGCUAUAAGAGUAGUGAGUUUGAUCCAAUUCUGUUGACAGUAAAGAAUGUUAGAACACUCACUUUAUGCAAAUGGACUUUUGAGGCUUUGAUCUUUCCCUCUCUUUCUUGGAACUUCAAAUUUUAUAAGCUGCAAGAGUUGUGGUGGAUUGAUGAUUCAAAAGGGAACUUCAAUGCUAGUGCAUUGAUUGGCUUCCUCAAAUUGUGUCCAGCAUUAGAGCGUCUCUUCAUCACGUUUGACCCCAAAAGUUACUGCAUAUUGAGCUCGGGUGCGUUUUCGAAGAAAACGAGCGGGGAUAUUCGAUUCGGGGAGCUCAAAGUUGGGAUAUUGGAGGAUGAAACAUCAUCAGAAGAGCAAUAUUCAGAUGGGAAUUUCUUGGUGAACUAUAUUGAAGUUGCUCAUUUUCAGCUGAAGUCAAAGGGUGAGAGAGACUUGGAAAUGGCUAAAACAUGGCCAGAGAAGAUAAAGGACUUUAGAAAAUAUAUCCAAAAGCCAUUUCCUAAACAUUCUCAUAUGGAUACUUAGAGAAAUAAAGUGUUGGAUUUUGCUAA